UUUAACAAAUUAAUCCAUCCAUCCGCCAUGGAUGAACCUUCAAUCGCCAACAUGAAUCAAUCUUCAUCGAUUCCACCGUCUAAAUCACAAGAUCCCACGACCCCAUCAUCUAAUUUCACCCCUUCUUCUCUAAAUUAUUACCAUCCUUCUCCUUCACGCACCAUCUACAGCGAUCGCUUCAUCCCUUGCCGAUCCGCUUCCAAUUUCGCCCUCUUUGACAUCUCUCCUCCUCCACCGCCACCGCCCGCUGAUGCUUCCCGUGGUGAAGAUAAUCCUUCAUCGUCCGCCGCUUACACCGCCCUUUUACGAACUGCAUUGUUUGGGUCGGAUCUGGGAUUUCUGGUUCCUCCUGGUACGCCUGAUAAGAAGAGUUUUCCGGUUACUAAUUCUCCUGCUAGCCAGAAUAUAUUUCGGUUUAAGAGUGAGACUAGGCAGUCGCUGCAUUCGUUGUCUCCGUUUGGGUUCGAUGAUCAGUUGCCUGGCGUUAGUCAUAGUCCUGUUAAAGCACCGAGAAAAGUUCCCAGAUCUCCUUACAAGGUUUUGGAUGCACCAGCAUUGCAAGAUGAUUUUUAUCUGAAUCUUGUUGAUUGGUCUUCUCACAAUGUAUUGGCUGUGGGGUUGGGCAAUUGUGUUUAUUUAUGGAAUGCUUGUAGUAGUAAGGUAACGAAAUUGUGUGAUCUGGGAAUCGAUGAUAGUGUGUGUUCGGUUGGUUGGGCACAACGAGGGACCAGUCUUGCUGUCGGGACAAGCAAUGGAAAAGUCCAGGUAAUGCUCAAACUCGCAACGCUUACUGGGCACACGUAUAGAGUCCUCUACCUUGCAAUCUCACCGGAUGGGCAGACAAUUGUGACGGGAGCUGGAGAUGAAACACUUAGAUUCUGGAACGUGUUUCCUUCGCCCAAAUCUCAGAACACAGAGAGCGAAAUCGGAGCAUCUUCCUUUGGCAGAACGCACAUACGUUAAGCCCAUUUUACAUUUGAGGUUUGUCGGGUCGCCAUUGAACUCAUGAACCUCAAAAACAUAACUUAUGAUCGAGAAGACCCGAUAUCCUCGAGGACAAGUGUUUGAUUGACCUAAUGAUGCCAUCGCUGGUACAGAAGAAGCAGAAGCUCAAAUUCUCAAUGAGUUAUGCCAUUGUUCUCAUGUAAAUUGACAUGCGCUUUGAAAUUCGCAAUUUUUUUAAAGUU